AUGUCUUUGGUUCACUCCGACAACCUGGCUCCUCAGCCAUGGACCGACAUCUUCACCGAGGAUACAUGCAUCGAUAGACGGCAGUGCCACCGGACGGUGCCGAUGAAGGUGCUUGCCCUGGGUGUGGGAAGAACCGGAACAGCUUCCCUCCGCAAGGCCCUUGAGCGCCUUGGCUACAUGAAGACCUACCACAUGAUGUCCGCCAGCAUGGAGAACCCGCCAGACUGCUUGAUGUGGCACGAUGCUCUGAGCGCCAAGUACGACGGCGUGGGCGAGUUCGGUAGAAAGGAGUGGGAUCAGCUUCUGGGUGACUGCCAGGCCGUCUGCGACUGGCCUGCCUGCGCCUUUGCUAAGGAGCUGAUUGAGGCCUACCCUAACGCCAAGGUCAUUCUGACCACCCGUGAGGUCGAGUCUUGGCACGCUUCCGUGAUGAAGACCGUUUGGUGGCGUGUGUCGGAUCCCGAGCACCGAUUCGUCUCAAACUUCAGCUGGGCCGCCAGCAUGUACUACCCCAUGCUCAACAAGUUCUUCCAGACCUUCUUCCGGGGCGACUUCCCCAACCAGGGCAAGCAGGUGUACCUCGACCACGUGGAGGAGGUCCGCAGCCUGGUCCCCCCGGAGAGACUGCUCGAGUACCAGAUUGGCGAGGGCUGGGGCCCGCUCUGUGAAUUCCUGGGCGAGGAGGUGCCUGACACCCCCUUCCCCCGCGGCAACGACAUGGCCGACUUCUUCAAGCGCUGCCGCUCCCGCAACAGGCGCCAGAUGCUGAACGCCGCCCUCCAGGCAUUCACUAUGGGUGGAGCUAUCCUGGCCACCGGCUUGGCUGCCACCAUGGCCUUCAAGCGCUUCUCUCGGUAG